AUGGCGUCGAUCCUCCGACAGAUUGUAGCUGGUCCUCGACUACAGCACCCAGAGGCAGGGUUGGAUCUCUGCUAUGUUACCGAUGAGAUUAUCGCCACGUCCGGGCCGUCAUCAAACUACCCGAAACUUGCGUACAGAACACCCUUGAGAGACCUCGUCAAUUUCCUGGAUGCAAAACAUGGGGCGGAUUGGUGUAUUUGGGAGUUCCGCGCUGAGGGCACAGGGUACCCGGAUUCCGAAGUCUAUGGGCGCAUUCACCACUUCCCGUUUCCCGAUCACCAUCCGCCGCCGUUUGCGCUUAUUCCGAAGGUCAUGGCGAGUAUGCGGAACUGGUUGCAUCGUUUAGAGGAUUCGGAUCCCGGAGAGGGACCAAAAGGGGAAGACAAAGACAAAGACAACGAGAAAUGGCAGCGUGUUGCCGUUGUGCAUUGCAAGGCUGGAAAAGGCCGCAGCGGGACAAUUUCUUGCGCGUACCUGAUUAGCCAGGAAGGGUGGACGGUGGAUGAUGCCCUACAGCGAUUUACGGAGCGGCGCAUGCGGGUUGGGUUUGGUUCCGGGGUGAGUAUCCCCAGCCAAGUGCGCUGGGUGCGGUAUGUGGACCGGUGGACGAACCAGAUGGGGAAGAAGUAUGUUGAGCGGCCGGUGGAGAUCCUCGAGCUGCAUGUCUGGGGGUUGAGGGACGGUGUUAAAGUUGCGGUGGAGGGGUUUGUCGAAGGAGGACAAAAGAUCAAGUGUUUCCAUCUCUUUCGUCAGGAUGAACAUAUUGUCAUGGAUACGGAGAGCGAGAUUCCCAAUGGAAACAGCCAUGCGAAUGAUACCGGCCGCGCCAUGACACCCCCUACACCAAAUGCUCUCCCCAGCUCGAACACCGAAUCUGUCAACACAACAACAACAACAUCAUCAUCAUCAUCAUCAUCACCAUCACCAAUCCCCAAACCACCAGCCUCAGCCGUCCUUCUACGUCCCUCAGCACCCAUUCUCCUCCCAACAUGCGACGUCAACAUCGACUUUGAACGGCGCAGCAAAGCCGCCUACACAGGCCUAGGAAUGGUCACCUCUAUCGCGCACGUCUGGUUCAAUACAUAUUUCGAAGGCGGCGACAAGCACGACUCGGGUGUUUUCGAGAUAGAAUGGGAUGCUCUGGACGGGAUCAAAGGCACCACGAAGAAGGGAAUCAGAGCGCUUGAUCGAUUAAACGUUGUUUGGCGAUAUGCUUCUCCUUCCACUCCAGGAGGCGCAAACGCAGGUGCAGCUGAGGCCAGCAUCAUCACCGAACCAAAACCAGGCGAGCCCAUUCCUGAAAGUCACCCGGCCGAUUGGCGGCUCCUUGAUACGGCUGCGAACGAGAAUGAGAAUCAGAACGAGGACAAGGACGCGGCCGGGGACGACGACACUGAAGAGCAGUCCGCUCGAAACCAGGAGAAUGUACCCAUGCAAGCUUUAGAGACAGUAGCCGCAGCUACUGGAGAGACAAAGAAAGACUUCGUGGAGGACAAGUGA